AUGUAUACGGAGGUCAAAGAAGCCGUCAACGUGAUUGCGCGCCUUUGCUUCGGCAAAGUUCCCCGUCGCAAGGUUGGUGUCUUCUGCGAGGAGUUGGGCAACAUCCUCACCGUACGCUUCGCAGCCACGUGGCAUCCGAAUAAUCCGCAGGAUGGCGAGGGCGUGCGCACACUGGUGUUGAAGAAGGAUGGCAUUUUUGAAGAAAAUGUGCUCGAGGCCGCCCAAAAUAUUUCGGUCAACAUGGUGCAGCUCAACAAAGCCAUUCCGGAAGGCACCACCAUCAAAGUCAAUCCGGGGCUGGUGGCGUAUUCGAUGUCACCGACCUCUACGUUCACUACGAUCUGGGCUGGGCCGACCGAUGAGGAUGACCGUUAUUCUCCGUUCCCGGCCUUCUGCUUGGGGAUGCACUCGCUUCCGGCUAGCAGCUUCGCACGUUCGCCGACGAAGGCCGCACCGAUCUUUGCGCCAAGUAUUCAACAACGUGAGACGAAACAGGGAGGGAUGAAGCGUGACAACCUCUGCCUCAAUCUCGUCUCAGCCAGCGAGAUGAAUAAAGCUGAGGGACCGUUGGUUUUCCAAUAUUCCGGCAGCGAGCAAAACAUGGUCAGCGUCCGCGAGUUCCGCCAUACCCGUUUCGGCACGUUGAAGCAACGCCCGGAUCACGAAAUGAUGCGCUUCGUCCAGUCCCAGGCUGGCGUACACCAACCCGCGCUCCACUACGUGACUGGACAGCAGAAUGGUUUCUCCUGUGUCCCACCUCCUCCGGCGCCAUUUGCGGACGUCGUAUUUGGCUCGAUUCCCCCGAAUGGCCUAUUGUCUAACAACUACCAUCAACUCGUGCAACAUCGUCACGCUCAAGAAGGGCAGCACUUUAUGGCGCUCCCGAAUAUGGAUGUGAAUGCACUUCAGACUGGGGACUCUGGAAUUGCCUGCGCCGCCUACACCCUUCCGGACGAAAUUCAUCGUUCCCCCAGCAAGAAGAUUAAUUUUCUG